CUCCGCUAGUCUAGCUUACUUUUUGGCAUGGAUAGUUCCAAAAACGGGGUCCGGGGACCUGCCUUCAAGUACGGACCGGCUGUCCGGAUCGGAAUCGCUGUUCUGGUGCUGCACACAGUGGGUUGGCUGGGCUGGAAGGCGGUGAACCAGGGGGCGGAGUCCAAGGAGGCGGCAGCGAAGGCCAAACAUGAACAACUACGAGCGUCUCUUACGGAAAAGUGACAUAA